UUGGUGUCUGAUCACGAUGCUUGAUCACCAGCUCUGCAAGCUGUUCCCUCAGCAGCAUGAGGGCUGCCGCUGCCGAGUGGGUAGCUGGGUUCAUUAUCCUUUAUGUACCAGUAAACAGAUGAUAUUCCUCCAAAGGAAAUCAGGUUGGAGCAUUUUGCUGCUUUAUAAAAUCCAGUAUAUCUUGACAGGAUUGAGCUACAUAUCAGAGUUGUUAUUGUGAGUCUGUGCGUGUCAAGCCAGAUCAGGUCAUUUGUGGGUUGUUGUUGUUGUUUUUUUUUAGAAUGUCAUAUAAAGAGGAGACAGGAGCAUAAAACAACAGUCGUGCCUGCAGAGUAAACAGAACCAUUUCUUCUUUUUCUAUUUGCAGUCAACCAGGUGUACUGGCUUUAUUUGAAGGGUGCUUACAUCCUUUAAAAUGUGUUCAAACCCAGACAUUUUUUCAACACGUAUUAUUAUGUUUCCCUUUGAACAAAACCAGAAGGUCAGGGGAGGUGGCUUGUUAAACUAACAAAUCUACUGCCAUGACAUGUUGACUCAAAUCAAAUGUGUAGACCGUUGAGUUUUCUAUAAACCAAACCAUGUCAGCACACAAAUCUAACUGUGCUGCACAGACACAUUGUGGAUACAAUUGUGGUCUGUGGAGAGUAUACCAGCCUGUAUCUGAAGUUCUUACUGGAUUAUGGGGAACUGCAUUAACAGCCGCAUCUGCUGAAGUGUUUUCUACAGGCAUUCCACCUUACAAUCUAGUCAUUUCCUGUAUAUGUUGAGCUUUGUGGUACUGCUGUACCCUGAUCUUCAGAUACAAUUAUCUGCUUGAUGCUAAGAAUAUAUAUAUAUAAAUUAGGAGACAGCAUGAUAACAUGCUACAACAGAAGCAGCACAUUUUUCAGUCAAAAAAACCAAAAUGCUGACAAGCUGUCUUUGGCAGAACAAAAUAUAUCAAAUGCAAAGGUACAGCUGGAAAAUAGGAAGUGUUCUGUGUGUGAGUAGUAUUUUAAAUACUUUAUUUCCUCUCACAGCUGGCAUUCCUUUUCGUGUCAUCCUCUGUUUGCUGUUUCGCUCCACACACUGUGCAUUAUAAACAAAAUACUUUUAGGUUGAAAGUGAAACCAGUCUGAUUUGCAAUAAACACACAACAAUAAAUGCAGCAAAUGGUGACACACGUGUUGCUGUUGUAAGAUUACGUUGUUAAAUGAGGUAAAAAGCUACUAAUGAUAAAGUCACCCAAACGUAGUGUCAGAUUUUUGCCCUCUGACCUCCUGUCCUCCACUUGAGGACUUAGGACUUUUAUCAGUUAAAAGUCCCCACUGUAGCCACUUCCUGCUGGACAAGUACUGGGUUUUCCCACAGCAGCCUUAUCUGUGUUCAAGGAUAAAAGUGCACUUUAAUCUUGAAGCACAUAAUAACGAUACACCUAAAUAACAGGGGACUCUGUGUUGUAUGUAGGUCAACUAUCACAUUGUGUGGCUAAUGUGUGAGUUUGCGAUAGGUCAUAAAUGUGUUGAUCACCUCCGUGUCAGUGUCAUUAAAAUAAUGUAGGGUUAGAACACAAACGGUAACCUAGCACAUGAUAUGUUAUCGAUUCAUUUCAGAUUAAUAUGCUCAUUAAACCAGAUUGUGCUGGUACUGAGAGACAUACUGUGGGAAUUUACAAAAUGUACCAUCGUUGUUGUUUGUCAGGAAUUCCCCCCCCCCCCCAAAAAAAAACACAUGUGAAAAAGAACCUGCCUUUCAACCCCUGUCAAAUGAUCUUGCAUAAUGAAUGCUCACACCCACAGCUGAGAGAAACCAGUCCAACGGCACUUCCGCAGUUGUAAUGUUUAACCAGAAUCACAACUUUCUGUAUUAGGGCUGUCUGAUAAAGGACACGGAGGAGGGACCAAGUGUCAACAGUAAAACCAGUUCACUUCGGGAUCACUUGUCAGAGUGUGAUCAACACAUGGCCCGGACAGUCAGACAAGAUGACCUCCGUUAAAUUCUCUGGGUUUCUGCUCUGCGUCCUGCUCCUCUGCUGUACCUGCAGUGAGGAGCCAGAGAUCAUGUUCAGAGCACAGGGCGGCAUGAUCGAAAUGGGAUAUUGCUUCGGAGUGGAUUAUAUUGUGGUUUACAGGUGUGACCAAGAGGGAGACCAGCUGCUUGGAAACUCUUCAGUCAACGUGACUGUCACACCUCCCGCUGAUCUGCGGAAUCGUAUUCGCAUCAACCAGCAUCACCAUCUGCUCGGACUGCAGAUCCUCAACCUCACGCACAUGGACUCAGGGAUGUACAGGAGGGAGUGUUGGCAGAAUCAGAAACUCGUCAGCAAGGUCUUCAAUCAGCUCUUUGUGUGCGACGAGGAGGUUCCAUCCAUAGAGGUCAUUGUAAAGGAGGGAGACGCCGAGGCUGAACUUCAGUGCAAAAGCUCCUCCAGUGGUUUGGAGGGAACCUUUGUGCGUUGGUUCCUGGAAAAAUAUCCACUUUAUAAGCCUACACUUUUCCUGGACACCAGUAUUUCACUAAAGCCACAGGUCAAGGAACUGCAGGGUGUCAUGAAGGUCAGAGACGGAGGGUUGGUGCUGGGCGUUGACAACAGUGUGUGGAAGACCACACAGUACUUUCACUGUCAGAUAAUGCAAGAUAAAAAAUGCCUCAGUUUCCAAAACAUGUAUUUACCGGAUAAUACGGAGAACAAAGAUAUAUUCACAACGCAAGGGGCCAGACUGGUGCUACAGUGUCCCUCUGAUGGUGACAGACAGCAAUGGGAGACACCGUUGGGAAACCUCGACAGCAAAAACACAAGGCUGGACGGCAUGUACAUAUCAACUGGAAGUGACUUCAAAGAAUUCUCAUUGGUCAUUCCUGCAGUCACUGAAGAUCACAGUGGCGAAUAUUCAUGUAUUUCCUCGUCACUGGAGCUGCAGUACAUGCUCUUUCUUUGCCCCAAAAUGAAUCCACUCGAAAAAGUUGCACUUGAAGGUAAAAAUGUCUCUCUAGUGUGCAAAGUUAACCAAGCCAGAAUCCAAAAAGUGCAAUGGUACCGUAAGGAAAUGGCAGGGGAAUAUAAUGUACUUAUCCAAGACUCGGGCGACCGAGACGAUCCGAACCUGUCCGGCCUGAAGGGGAGAGUGACACUAGCUGAUAAUGGAUCCUCACUGACCAUCUCUAAGGCAGAAAUGAAAGAUGGAGGAGAGUACUGGUGUAUAGUUCUGGGAGGCACCGAGUCCCAUGACGAUGAAGAUAAUUACGAUUAUGAGUAUGACGAGGAAGAUACCGAGAACGAGGAGGUCAGUGAUUACCAAUACUGGCCAAACACAGACAGAUGCCUUUUCAAACAGGAGACAAUUUUGAAAAUAAUCAAACCUGUGACCGUUGAACCUAGAGGAAGAAACGAAGUGACGGUCCCCGCAGAUGAGUCGCCGUCAUCGUCUAACACAGCUCUUUAUGCUGCAGCAGGUGGAGCGGCGGCGGUGGUGCUGCUGCUAGCUGCAGUGAUCGCUGCUGUUAUUGUGCUAAAGAAAAAACACGCCAGGGCCUCUCAGACUAACAAGGACAAGAUAAAUAAUGAUGAUCCUGAUUGUGACAUGAGGUUGACUAGUGAAGAGUGUAAUAGGUGAGUAUGUUUGGACAAACAGCUCCAUUAUACCAUGUUCACCACCCACAUGUCUUACAGUGCAAAUUAUGUCCAACAUUUGUGAGUUCAUGCAGAAGAUAAGGUCACCAUUUGGAGAAUUAAGAGGGAAGGCNAUAUAUAUAUAUAUAUAAAAUCUUGCAUUUAGCUGUGACUGACAAAUGUCCCCAUCUUGUAUACCAUGGUUUUGGACUGACAGUAAGGGAGAGGAGGAGGGGUCCACACUAAUAAAAAGUCCACAUGCUUGUCUCAGUCAAUUGGUCAAUUUUCAAACAACUAAUUCUAAAAAUAACAACAAAUCUUUGGAGCUACAUCAAAAAAGAGAAAGCCAAGUACUACAGUACCAUAUAUCCUACUUUAGGUACAGCUUUAUCCCAACAUGUAAUUCUCAUGUGCCACGGCCACUCUGCCCUAUGUGUAGUAACGGCAUGAGAGGAAUUAUCUAUGCACUUUUUUUUAAUCCCAGUUUUAUCAUUUUUGUAAUGUUUAUUUGCCAUACCUUGAAGAUCGGUUCUGUGAAAAUAUUGUCUCGGUCCAUGGUGGCAAAAUAUUGUUGACCUUCAAUCUAUGUCUCAACUUUUGAGUUUUAGUUUAUUUAAACCCUUUCAAACAGUAUCCUUCUGUGAAUGUCAUUGACUUUUUGGAUGCUUUGAUGAAUCAUAGUCGUGAUCUGUCACAGUAGGUAAUGUUGAGUUGACGUGGCGGCCAUAUGGUACUGUAUGCUGCGGUGAUAACAGUAAGGAUCUCAAGAUCUAAUUAGCUCAUAACAUAUAAAGUACAUUUUUAAUUUUGUAAUGAAAUUUUAAAUUGUUUGUAUUUUUUUAAGAACUAUUAUCUCAUUACAAGAACUAAACCUACGAGACAAGGUCAAAUGACACAUGGAAAACAGUAGAGGCAGCUAUAAUGGAGCUAAAUGUAAAUAUAGCAUAACAUAUGACAAAAAACUUCAACAGGCAGAGUUUCAAUAAUAAGGACUUUAAACCUUUUCUGGUCUUUUCUAGUGAACAGAUUGGGGUUAAAACCCCAAAAGAUUCAACCAAUUACAUCUUUGUCAGAGAAUACCAUCUCUAAAUACCAAAACACUGAGCUAAUCAACAGUUGAACUCAAACAAAAAAAGUAAUAAUUAAUAUAAUCAUUUUAAACUGCUGCUAACAUUCAGUGUGCUGAUUAUUUUUCUCCAACACCGCUUUCCCUGUUCUCCCUGAUGACGUUGAUUCAUUCGACCUAUAAACCAGAAGGGCGGCUCUGCUGUCAACAAAUUGUUUGAUGUCAGUAAAGCUGAAAACAAUAGACACAAAUUAACUCAAGUUUUACUGCCAAAAAUUCUCAAUCUUUGUUUAAUUGGACCCUGAAAUCACAAUCUAGCCACUUAUUCCGACAAUAAAAACAACUACAGCCAGACUCCAGACCACUGAGAGUGAAUUCUCAUUUACAACUGGUGCUUUUGGUCAACUGCUUUUGUUUUAUUUAACAGAUUUAACACCGAGCUCUGCUUUGGCACUGGAGUUUUAGUUCGGCCUAGCUGCAGUUAAGCAUCUGCCAAAUAAGUAGAAGUGACUGUAACGGCGGUUUCAUUACACUCAGCAGCUUGUUGCUUCUUGGUUUAUAAUGUUACCUUCUGCUGAGUAGAUAUAAAAGCUGCUGUGACAUAAACAUCUACGAAUAGUAGAAAAUCAGAUAAUCGGUCGACCAAUAUUAUCGGCCAAUAUUAGCAUAAUUAUGUGACAUUGUAAGAAUCGUUAUGGGUUUUUCCUCUGAUAAUGAAAACACAUUAACGCAAUGCCUGGGUUUCACCAAAUGAUGUGUGCUCUAAAAAUAGUUUUGGGGUUAAACAGCUGUAUAUUAAAGUGAAAGUUACUAAGUGGCAGCAUUAUAGCUAAUUGUAUUGAUCUAUUUUAAUAAUCAGGGGAUUGUAUUGCAGAAUGCUGUCACCAGCAACACAAUACAGUGGAAUAAACAAAUAAAUAUUGCCAGGCCUAUACCGGUAUCAGUUGAUGUCAGAAUCGGAAAAUAAGUGUUUGGAAAAUAUUGGCAUACCGGAUAUCGGCAAAAAGUUAACAUUGAACAUCCCUAAUUGUAGUCUAGUGUGUUUGUACCAUCAGCCUUUCCCCUUCCUUUGUCUCUGAUUGUGAUAUCUGCCAGUGUAAAUGUUUACUGAUGAAAAAUACAUUUGUGCAGAGAUGAGAGUCAAAGAAAGGAGUUCCCGUGGAGUAUGUAGCAACUGCUUACCCUCAAUACAAAGAAACACCAUCCCCCACAACACCUGCAGGAAGUGCUACAGUAUGAAUGCACUUGUGAUUGACCAGUGUGAUCAGUGGUUCCGUAGCGGUUAUCACGCCUGCUUAUACAUCUGCCUUACACACAGAAGGGUCCUGGGUUCAAGCCCCAGAGACCUCCUCGUCAAGCCCAACCCCCAAAACUGGUCAAAGGUUACAGAUGUAAUGUUUUAGCUGUGAAGAAAUAUAAAAAAUGUGUGUAUAUUGUGAACAACUCCUAGUAAACGUAUUUUUAUACGUUGUAAGUUUUUAUUUACGUUUGUUCUAUAAUAAUGUUUUUGUUAUUUUUUUAUUACACAGAACAAUUUACAGUAGGAAAUAACCAGGCUUCUAUGUUGCACAUAUAUGUGUUAUACUGUUUUUUUUAUUUGUUGUUUUUUUUUUUUUGCUUUUAAACACAAGAAAGAACAAAGUAAAUAAAGGAAACAAACUGCC